CCACGUCCCAAAAAUUAUUUGGGCCAGGGAUCCAUCGAUGGUGUUUCGGGUUGACGUCAAGGCAUCCCCUUCGUCGUCUCCCUGCGCAAACCCCUCCUAUCCUUGCUCUGCGUACGUGGGCGGCAAACGAGAAAGCCCCGCUGGUAAGGCUACUUGAGAUCAUCGGAGUACGGAUUUGACGGAGCUCCACCGGAGUUUCAAUGGCGAGUUAUAAGGCGGAAUUUCUACUCUUCGCCAUCCUGUUGUCUCUCGUCCUCGCCUCCCUUGGAGCGAAGAGCUACUAUGAGGUGUUGCAGGUUCCCAAGGGUGCUUCCGAUGAACAGAUUAAGAGAGCGUAUCGGAAGCUUGCGCUCAAGUAUCACCCUGACAAGAACCAAGGGAACGAGGAGGCCAAUAAGAGAUUUGCGGAGAUCAAUAAUGCUUACGAAGUGCUGACUGAUUCGGAGAAGAGGGGUAUCUAUGACCGAUACGGAGAGGAGGGCCUCAGGCAGCAUGCUGGUGGUGGUGGAAGGGGUCCCGGGAUGAACAUUCAGGACAUCUUCAGCAGCUUCUUUGGUGGUAGCACACGGGAGGAAGAGGAGAGAAUUCCAAGAGGUGAUGAUGUAAUUGUAGAGUUGGAUGCUUCCUUGGAAGAUUUAUACAUGGGUGGAUCACUAAAGGUUUGGAGGGAGAAAAAUGUUUUAAAAUCAGCUCCGGGCAAAAGGCGUUGUAACUGCAGAAACGAACAACGUCACAUACAAAUUGCACCUGGAAUGUAUCAACAGAUAACAGAACAGGUUUGUGAGGAAUGCCCAAAUGUGAAAUAUGAGCGAGAAGGUUACUUCAUCACUGUUGACAUUGAGAAGGGAAUGAAUGAUGGUCAGGAAGUGACUUUUUAUGAAGAUGGUGAGCCUAUAAUAGAUGGAGAAAAUGGUGAUCUUAAGUUUAGGAUUCGAACUGCAACUCACGAUCGAUUCCGAAGAGAAGGCAAUGAUCUAUAUACAACAGUGACAAUCUCUUUGGUUGAAGCUCUUGUUGGUUUUGAAAAAAGCAUGAAACAUCUCGAUGAUCAUCUGGUUGAUAUCGGUGCAAAGGGGAUCACAAAACCUAAAGAAAUUAAGAAGUUCAAAGGUGAAGGGAUGCCUGUGCAUAUGAGCUCUAAGAAAGGAGAUCUAUAUGUUACUUUUGAAGUUUCCUUCCCACGAUCGCUAACCGAACAUCAGAAAACCAAGAUUAAGGAAAUUUUUUCUUGAGGUUUGGUUUCCUUGAUCAUUCUUGGUGCUUGCUUCUUUGUGCCAUGAUGGAUUCACCCAAAAGUCUACAGUUCCAGUAUUUGUGCAAGUUUAAACGAUGUGAUUUGCAACAAAAGCAAAAGCUGGGAUUCCUUCUUAUUUUUUAUUUUAUUAUUUUGGCCAUUUAGCCUACAGCAUUCCACUUCAUAUGUAGCUUCUGAAAAGGUAAUACAAGGCUGAUUAAAAUUUUGCUCCAACUUCUUACCCCUAGUCUUGCGAGUUUAUUGAACUAGAGGGCUAAUAUUGUAGCAAUUAGAAGUUAUGUAAUAGCUUACAGUAUAUAUUUUUUUUCCUUCAAAAAAGAUUGUUUUUGCAUUUU